AAUCGGGCGCUCGCCAUGGCGGGUCGCCUGCCCGGCCCGGGGUACCCUGUGACCGGUCAGCGCCUGCUACUGCUGCUGCUGAUCUGUAUCACCUGCUGCCGACCGGCCGGGGCGGCCCGCGACCGUCGCUCACUCCAGCGCCGCUCCUGGACCAGCGACGGGUUCGACGUGGAGGAGGUACGGCUCAGACAGGCGCGCCAGCAGCUCUGGAACCGCACACUACAGGUGGUCACCAUCCAUAGGCCGCCGUUUAUUAUCCUGAAGAUGGCCACAGACGGGAAGACAAUACUUGACGCACAGGGCUUCUGCUUCGAGAUGCUGAAUGCCCUAAAGGAAAAGUACGGUUUUAGGACGGAGCUGCGGCUACCGUACGACGGCAACUGGGGAAAGCGGCUGGAAAACGGAACAUGGAAUGGCAUGGUCGGCAUGGUUAACAGAUCCGAGGUGAAUCUGGGCGUGGCUGGCUUCACCAUCAGCCAGGUCCGCGAGGAGGGCAUCGACUUCACCAUCCCCUUCUACGAGGAACCCUCUGCCAUUCUGAUGCCGCCUCCGAAGCCGGGCAGCAAGCUGUUCGCGGUGGUGCGGCCCUUCUCGUGGGGAGUGUGGGUGGCAGUUUUGCUGACUCUCUUGCUGAUCGCUCCGGUCAUGUCUUUCCUGGACCAUUUCGCCGAGCAUCUGAUACCGAAACUGUACCCGCACCGGCCUGACGCCAAAGUCCGCUACUUUAGUAUUCAGUGGUACAUGUUCGGCGGCCUGCUGUCACAAGGUGGACAGGUGAUACCGACCAACACGUCCUCGCGGGUCCUGCUGGGCGUCUGGUGGCUCAUGGCUAUCACCAUCAUAGCCAGCUACACGGGCACGCUGAUCGCCUUCCUCACGGUGCCCACGGUGACGGACAAGAUCAACUCGCUGGAGGACCUGACGUCCCAGACGGAGCUCCGCUGGCGGUUCCGACGAGACACGGCGCAUGACAGUCUGUUCAGUACGUCGCAGUCGGAGAUAUACAGGAAGAUCGGCGCGGACCCGAGCAGCCGGGUGGCAUCGGAUGACGAGGGCAUAGCCGGCGUGCUCAGCGGACGCUACGCCUACAUCAAGGAGAAGUCGUACCUGGACUUUGUGCUGGAUGACGACUUCCGUACGACUCGCCAGUGUCGGCUCAAGAUCGCCCGUGAGGAGUUUUUCACGGCCGGCUUCGGCUGGAUACUGGAGACGGGCAGUCCCGUGCGGGACCUCUUCAACUGGGAGUUCCUGCGUAUGUCCGAGUCGGGCCUGUUCAGUCGGUGGCGCUCCGAAUACUGGCCCAAGCCGUCCAACUGCAGCACCGGGGCCAUCUUCACGGACGUCACCACCAAGCCGCUGGUGCUGGAGGACAUCGUCUCCUCGCUGAUCCUCUACCUGAUGGGCACGCUGCUGGCGCUGCUGGUGUUCCUGCUGGAGCGACUCGUCAGGAUCAGACCCGGUCGGCAGUGGGAGGAGACGGAGAAGCGCCGCGGGAAGGCGGCGGAGGCGGGCCGAUGGGCGCACCCGCACACAGUGCGCCGCUGGCACGGCCGCUGACACUGAGAGUCGACACUGUCGUAAUGCCUGAUAGCGAGUGUCGGUGCUAACCACGGUAACUAUAAAUACCAGCGUGGGUCAGCGUGGGUGCUAACUACCAGAGGCACAGAGAGGCGGUGCUCUUUAGUAUGUUUUGCCACAUCAAAAUAUGUGUCAGUUGUGACAUCACCACUGACAGUCUACACUGAUGUGACGUCAACCACUGAUGUAUUUACACUAUCACUGACAACUGUCACUGACGGCGAGUGUUGACACUUUCGAUGAUGCUGGAAGUCGAUAUGAACUCCUGACCGUCGUAAGAACCGUUUAACAACCCGGCCGAAUCUGAGUCCGACGUAUGUCCCGCGAUACCGGAAGGCAAUAGGCAUUUAGAUCAGUACUUGGCACUAACAUUGGCCUCAAAGUGUCGAGUCUCAACGUCUCUGGGAUGUCAAGAUGUUAACUCAUGCAUCGUUUCGUUUGCGUCAUCAGUACUUCGCACAAAACUACAUAGAUCUCAGCUGUUGUACCGUGAAAUGUUUAUCGUAAUAUAAAUAAAUGUGACACCGUUUAGGUGCAGAUAAAGGUCUUGUUCGGUGAUUAGGUAUGCUAAAGUAGUUUAGCUUGGGUUUUGUUUGCACUGCGUCAUGACAUCGUAUUUCAUACCGCUUCCUUCCUUCACAAAGUUGUAUCAACACGGUACCGCUGCUAAAGAGAGAAGCAAUACACAUUGUCACUGAUUA